AUCACAAUAUCGGGCAAACGUCAGAGUCGAUUACGAUUUGACACAAUUACACCGUAUAUUACAAACGAUACCGAACCAAAACCGACCGUCCGAAAAAUGUGCGACACAAUUGAUUGAAAGUAGUUUAGCAUUUCGAAUCACUUGUGUGCUACGAAUUUGGAAUUCAACCGGACACCAUAAUAGUUGGAGUUUUUUUUUCAAGUUCCCAUCAACUGAAGUAUUUUUAUUCAUCGACAUUGUAUUUGUUCUUAGAAGAAAAAAACUUGAACAAAAUAUUUUUUUUUUCGUUUGAAACAAAAAGUCUUUUGAAAGAAAAGAAAAAUGAUGAGCAAGCAAUCGUGAUUGGUUUGUCAUAAUAUUGCAUUUUGUUUGUGUUGUUUUGCUUUAGUAUCAUUUGCUUUGGCUAAAUAAGAUAAAAAGAAUUCGGGGAAAAGAGCCGUCAUCAAUUAAAUUUUAAUAUUACGUACACUAAACUCUGAAAUAUACACAAUACAUAAACAUUUACGUUUCUUAAGCAACACACAAAAAAACAUUGUUUUUCUUCUUCUACUUCGACCACUCUAGUUCUAUUGGCAUGAAUAAAGAAAAAAAAAGAGUAAGCGGGCAAAUGUUUAAUGAAAACGGACAUUAAUUACGAAUUGUGGUGAUGAAAACGAUUCGUAAGCAAGGAGUAUAUGAACCAGCAAAUGGCACGGUGUGAUGUUUGUUACGCUUAAAUUGCAUUGAAAAUAAUACAAACAAUUGGCUCCGCUUGAAAUUUGCAACGAGAUAGAAAAAGAAGAGGAACGAUACGAAAAUACACAACUAUCUGACGGUGACAGAGAGAGAGAGAGAGGAAUAUCAAAGUGUAUUGAUAAGACAUUUCGGAAAACGCAAAGGCGUAACGAGAAAAACGAACAAACAUCAAUCAUUUGAACGAAUCGAAAAUAAAGAAGAAGAAAAAAUGUCUGCAUUUACGGAGACGGCAUUGAUAAAAAAACUGAUGGAAUUGAAUGCGAGCCAACAAAGUAUUCAAACAUUAUCGUUAUGGCUAAUCCAUCACAGGAAGCAUAUGGUUUUCAUCGUCAAGUCGUGGUACAAGGAACUGAUGAAAGUGCCUCAAAGUAAGAAAUUGACAUACAUGUACCUUGCCAACGACGUAAUACAGAAUAGUAAAAAGAAAGGCCCCGAAUAUGGCUUGGAAUUUGGUAAAAUACUGAAGAAUGCCUUUACACACAUCGGCGAUACCUGUUCGAGUGACGAUAAAACGCUGGGCAGUUUAGGUCGUAUACUUAAAAUAUGGGAAGACCGAGGUGUCUAUGAGGAAAAACUCAUCGAAGACUUUCGAAAUGCACUGAAUCAUCUGGUGGAUAAAGCAAAAAACUCCAGUGCCAGCACAACAUCCAAGCGAAAGAGCACCGAUGCUGUGGAAAAUGGACAACGCGAAUCGAGCAAAAAACAAAAGACAUCGGGCGGCGGUGGUGGUGGUGGCGGCGGCGGCAAAGAGCACGGCAAACGGGAAACAAUCGAAAUCAAUGGCACAGUUGAAACACAUGUCAUUCUCAGUCCAAAAAUACCAGCCGGCGAUCCACCCGAACCAGAGGAAUUAAUCAAAGCGCUACUUAGUUUAGAAAACUCAGCAUCCAGCGAUGCCAACAUUCGUGAGCGUAUUGCCAAUUUACCACCCGAAGUGUCGGAGAUUGCGCUGCUCUCAAAAUUGGAAGACAAAGAAGCCGCCGCUAAAUUAAUAGUUCAGGUUAAUGAAGCCGCGCAAAUUCUGCACGAUUACAAUACGAGACUUUCGGUGGAAAUGGAAGAGCGUAAGAAAUUGACACAAAUGCUGAAAGAUUUUCAGGCUGAACAAAAAGAAUUAUUAGCGCAGGCCGAACAACGGCUUGAGGAAUACAAUAAAAAAUUGGUCAAAGUGAAAGAUGUUCAAAAGGAGAUAAAAAAUCAUCUAAAUAAUUUGCCCGACCUUACACAAUUGCCUGACGUCACUGGCGGUUUGGCGCCUCUACCAUCGGCUGGUGAUUUAUUCAAUGUCCAUUCGGGAUGAAUUGAUUUACACGCGCUCUAUACAAAUACACAAAACACAAAAAGAAAAAUAUGAAAAAAUGUACCAAAACCCAAAAUUGUACCAUCGAACCAACCAACGUUCGGUGCCAAUAAAAAACAUCGGCCAUUAAAAAUUGUUUGACUUUUAAGCACAAUUCAAUUGUUUAAACACACACACAUACGCAAACGAUGAAAAGAAAACAGAAUGAACAAAAUGUGAUUGAUUUUUCACAUCAUAAAAAACAAUUUAUUUUCAAUUGAAAUUUGUUUUAUUUGUGGCGAUUCCGUUGUCACGCAAAAAAGCUGAUUGUAAAAAUUGUACUGAAAAAAUUGUAUGUAUUCUUCAAAAUAAUGUCGUUGAACCAAGUCGUCAACAACCACUUAGAAUUUACUAGGGAAAAAAAUUAAUUUUUAUUGAGAUUUUUUUUUUGUAAAUGAAAAAAAAAACAAAAAGCAAAACAAACCUAUAUAGUAUAUACCAAAAAACAAAUUGUAUCCAAAUGAAUUUGUUAGGCCUUUAUUUGAAUUGUUGUUUCCAAUUUAUUUGAACAUUUUACGGAAAGCAAGCAAAAAUUUCUUUUAAAAAAAAUUAACAGUGAAUUCUAGAAAUCAAGUAUCAAGUUAUUGAUUUAAUUUUGAAAUGAAACCAAAACGAAUAAAUUGAAAGAAUACGAAAA